AUGAAAUACUUAGUCACAAUAUGUAUUCUCAUGCCUAUUAUGUGGAUUGAUCUUCUUAUAAUUCCAACAAAAAGCGCUGAAUCAUGUCAUGGUGCAGUUGCUCAACGCGAAAGAGAGUUUAUCGUUGAUGCAGAAAAUAACACAUGGGAGAUUCACCCAAACGGAAAAUUUUAUAAAUUGAAUGGUGCCAUGUGUGACUCCGAAAUCACCAAAUUAGUGUACUGGAACCACAUUGUCUACCGUCGUAGUGGAUUCGCAGAUUGGCAAAAAUGGAUCAAAGGUAUAUGGGAAACAGAAUCAAAUUAUACUUUUUUGGAAUCAAUCAAUUCGUCACAAGGAUAAAAGACGACAAUAACUACAAAAUCCAUGACAACAACAUUUAAAAUAAUAUCCUCAACAGCAUUAUCACUCACAACAGCGAAACCUUCAACAACCACAGCAUCCACAAUGUCACAUGUAUCAACAAUUGAACAAUCGUUAACUACGAUGAAUACACCAUCAGCAUCUCUUUCUGUAAAUAAAUCUUCAUUGAAUUAUUUUCUUCCUGAAAAUUGUAAUAAUUCAAAACACAUUGGUGAUUAUUGUAAUAUUUCAACAAAUCCUUGUGAUAUUAAUCCAUGUCAAAAUAUGGGCAAUUGUACAAUUUAUCCACAAUUUUCACAUGUUUCGCAAUGUAAAUGUUUACCAGGUUUCAACGGUACUCUUUGUGAAAGAAAUAUUCGUCCGUGCAACUUGAACAUAUGUUUAUAUCAAGGUAUUUGCAUUGAAUUAAAUGAAACAAAUUUUAAAUGUAAUUGUACUGAAGGACAUACAGGAAUUCAUUGUGAACAUACGAUCAAUUUCUGCGAAAAUGUGACAUGUUUGAACAAAGGUGUUUGUCGAUCAAUAUUUCUUAAUUAUAAAUGCGAAUGUUUAUAUGGCACAUCGGGAAAACAUUGUGAAAAUACGGAAUUUAGUAUUGUUCUUCGUCAGAAUAUUACGAAGAGUCUUGCAUACAUUGCUAUCAUCGCUAUUUCGAUCGUUAUUAUUUUUAUUCUUAGCCUUGAUAUAUUGAAAUAUGUAUUUGGGAUAGAUGUCACUCAAAAAGAACGUGAAGAAAUUCGACGUGAAAACAUUUUGAAGAAAAAAGGUAUUCGAAUAAGAAACAAGAAGAUAUUUCAUCCUAAACAACGUAUGAACAAAGUAAUUCCUCUACGUCAAUUUCCAUAG